AUGCCUUAUCGGAGAGAGGCCAGGGUUCCGGACAGCGGUUCUGCUGAGCCAGGCACCGGUGGACCGACGAUGUCUUACAGUCUCCCACUUAGCUCGAUUGCGGACCUUGCUGAGCAACUCCGUGCUCGAAGCGAGUCCGAGGAUGAAGCUGAAGAUCUCGCGCUCGUAUCUGGCAGGGACAGCUGCGCUCUUUUCGACGAUGGUGAUGGCUCGCCGACUUCCUCUGGUCUCUCCCCCUCGUCGUCCUCUUCAAGUUCAGAACGUGAAGGUGAGUGGGAGGAUGAGUGGAACAGCUUCCAAGCGGCUUACGCUGAUCACGCCCUCUCUUUCUGGAACAAUGAUGACCCUUUCUACUUUGUCAGUUCCGUUCCAGGGGAUGUCGGCAGCACUUAUGACUCCGGAACACCAGUUGUCGGUCCAGGCACUGGACCUGGAUAUCUGAACAAUGCUGCAUUCAACACGAAUGCGGGCGUAUCUCUCAACACCUCCCCUUAUGCCGGUUCCUUGUAUGUCGACUCUGCUGAUCAAAACUCCGACCAAGAGCAAGCACACGUUGGUACUCUCUGGCCAACCAUAACCCCAUUUCCGCCACGAUCAACAAUCCAACGGCAACGCAGAGGCAGACAGCUAAAGGAGGCCUGUGACGGUGGACUCCAAAUGCGGAUUCUUGCGCAUUGGAAUCAGCACCAACACAAUGAGUUGCUGGCUGCCAGAGCACGCGCUCAGAAGGGAAAGGCAGCAAGGGCAGAGGAGUUGAAGCAGAGAGUCAUGGUGGUCGAGUAUCUCCACCAAGACACAAAGAAAACAGAUGGCCUUCAUCUAGGUAAGCCCGAGGACAAAACAGUUGGAGGGUACGGUACAGUCAUCCGCGAGACCUUUGAGAUGAUCAAGCACUUGUCAACCGCAAAGCGAGGUAUGACAGAUCAAGCGGGAUAA